AUGUUUCAGUACUCGUCUUGCAAUCUUCAAUGCAUCAAUGAUUCCAAUCGCGCGGCGUGCAGUGCAAGUGCGGUCGAGUUCGGACGCCGGGCGAGAGCCGAGCAGGCAGUCAAUAAACUAGACAUACGUGAUGAAAACCAAGUACCUCCUAAACUGAGAAAUGAUUUGACGCUGAGAUCUGUAGACUUUACUUACCCGGUAGCAGCUACAUACGCGACCGGGCAGGGGGUGCUAAGUAUCCCCGGGUUCGACAACGCUACAAACGAAGGCAGUGUUGAAAAACUAGAAAAAGAAACAGAGUUCCUGAAAAGAGCGGAGAAGAAAAACAAUACUAUUGUAUUUGGCCUGGAAGAAAAAGAAACGUCAACCUAUGAAUUACUGCAAAAAUUAAAGGAAAACCUGAAACAUGAUCUAAAUAUCAAUAUAGAAGACUACGAAGUCAACAAAAUUUAUCGUUUAGGAACUAAGAAUAGAGAUUACAACAAGCCGCGGCCGGUACUAUGUUCGUUUACAAGCAACAUGAAAAAGAACGAAAUAAUUAAAAAUAAAAAGAACUUGAAGUCAAUUAACAUUAGUGAAGAUUACUCAAAGGAAGUUUUGGAAAAGAGGAAAACUUUGCAAGCAGAGCUAGCUAAAGAGAGGAAAAGAGGAGAUGGGUACGCAAGAAAAAUACAACUGGAUAGAAAACACCAUAAAACCCAAAUACAACUAAAUGCAAAUACCAAAGAUGAACCAAGAAAAUGGUUGACAAAAAAUACCGUAAGACUGCUAGAAGAGAGAAAUCACUUAAUCAAAGCCAGAGAUACACAAGAUAGAAGAAAACAUUUAACGAAGAUUAGUAAAGAAAUUAAAGAUAGCAUAAGGAAGGAUAAGAAAAAAAGUAGAAUGGAAAUCAUAGAAGCGUAUAUAAGUAAAACGGGUGGAGUCAAAAAAGCAUACAAAGAAUUGAAGAAUUCAAAUGAUUGGAUCGUUAAAAUGAAAGAUGAUACUGGAAAAUGGAAUCAUCGCCGAACCGACAUAUUGGGAAUUGCAACAUCUUAUUACAAGAAAUUGUACAAAAGCAACCCAACAACAUGUGAAAACACUUUGGUGGGUACUUCAAGCGUUUCUAGCAUUCUUCAAGUUGAAGUCGAAAAAGCUAUAGUCACCCAAAGUGUAGAUAAAACACCGGGUCCUGAUGGCAUAAGCAACGAAUUCCUGAGAAAUUACAAGGAAGUUUUAAUACCUGUCCUUACAGAGAUGUUUAACACUAUCUUAAACACUGAAAUAAUACCUCAGCAAUGGACAGAGUCUACCAUUAUUCUGCUCUAUAAAAAAGGAGAUAAACAUGAUAUUGGUAACUAUCGCCUUAUCAGCCUAAUGUCAAAUAUUUACAAAAUCUUCGCGAUGAUCAUUUUAAAACGUAUUGAAAGGACAUUGGACGAACAUCAACCGAUAGAGCAGGCUGGUUUUCGUAAGGACUACUCAGUGAUUGAGCACAUCCAUGUAGUUCGUCAAGUUUUAGAGAAACGAAUCAAUUGGCAAAAUUUCGGGAUCAAUAUAGAUGGCGAAUCAUUAACGCAUUUGAGAUUCGCUGAUGACAUAGUGCUAUUCGCUAAAACAUUCGAAGAUAUGAAAACUAUGAUAGAAGAACUUGCAACAGAAAGUGAAAAAAUAGGGUUAAAACUCAAUCCAGACAAAACUAGAGUGAUGACAAAUGGGAAAAAAGACAUGAUACAAUUAGGAAAUACUGAAAUCAACUAUACUGAUGAAUUCAUAUAUCUGGGACAGCUCAUAACUCAAAAAAAACCUAUGCGCGAGGAAGUAAAGAGAAGAAUUACGAACAGCUGGAGAAGAUAUUGGAGUUUGAGAGAGGUUAGGAAAGACGAAAAACUUAAUAUUAAUAUCAAGAGCAAAUUGUAUAACACCUGUAUUUACCCGUUCUGA